CUAAAUUCAAACAAUACUGCAAUAACAUCCCUAAGUAAAUGAAGUGAAAUGAAGUUCCAUGUUUGUUUUGUUUUUAUUGGCACCGCAUGUUUUUGUUCGAAUUUUUGUAACAUAUCAAUAAGACGCUGUUAUCUGAUUUGUUAAAAGAUUUUUAUGAGCAAACUGAUUACAUAAGUUAGUGAUGUCUUGAAACAGUGAAAUGAAAUGUUCUAUUCGGGGAUAUUCCAAAAUCGCAUAUUAGAAAUUUCCAUAGGAGUUGGUACUGUAGCUAUCGUAACCUUAGUGACUUUUCGCGCUUUUCGAAAACCAAAAAAAAUUACCAGAAUUAUAGAUACGAUGGAAUGUUUAAACAAGCCCACUGUCCAUAUAAAAAAUCGAGAUUGUGUUGAAGAACUUGUUUCACAGCUAAUUAAAGGAGGUGCAUCCAAGCUACAAAUUAUCUCGGAUUUUGAUCAUACAAUAUCCCGGGUGCAUGUAAACAACAAACGUUGCGAUUCAACAUAUGGUGUUCUGGAACAUUCUCAUUAUAUAUCAGAUGAGUACAAACAACAGACUAAUGUCCUCUUUCAUCAUUAUCAUCCAAUUGAAGUUGACCCAGCACUCUCAAAAGCUCAAAAACUGCCUUACAUGAUUGAAUGGUAUUCGAAAAAUCUUGAUCUUAUGCCAAUAUCUGGUGUAACGAAAGGCUGUUUAAAAGAUAUGGUCACAAGCUCCAGCAUUUGUCUUAGGGAUGGUUGUGAUCAGGUUUUUGAAACUUUGUACAGAAAUAAUAUUCCACUAUUGGUUUUCUCUGCUGGCAUUGGAGAUAUAUUAAAAGAAGUGCUCCACCAAGAAAGUCUCUUAUAUCCGAACGUAAAAGUCAUUGCCAAUUUCUUACAAUAUGAUGAAAAGGAUAAACUUUUGGGUUUCAAAGGAAAUAUGAUUCAUACUUUUAACAAAAAUCUAAGCUCAGUAGAGAAUAAAGAUUAUUUUGAGCAGUUGAGUGGUAGAAAUAAUAUCAUUCUUCUUGGUGACUCACUGGGAGAUUUAGACAUGGCAGAAGGAGCUGAGAAUGUAAAUGUUACACUCAAAAUAGGCUAUCUCAAUUUUAAUAUUGAAAAAUCUCUGCCUGACUAUUUAGAUUCAUAUGAUAUAGUUUUAACAGACGACCAAUCUAUGGAUGUGUUAGUGGGACUUUUACAGAGCAUUUUGUAAACAUAUUCAGUUCCUUCGUAAUUCUCAAGGCUGUGUUUUGUGGUUGUACUUUGAUUUAUCCUCAUUUUUUUUUUUAGUGAUAUGGAUGAUAAUUUUAUACAUCUAUACAUUUAACUGUAUAAGCCUUGCAGCACAUUUGCCUUUAAUAUUUUUAAACUUUUGUCUAAUAGUAUGCAUAUGAAGUUUUGAUAAUUUAAUCAUGUUUAUGUCUAAAAGAAGAUCUGUGUUUUUAAAGGAAUGUUUAAAUAGUUAUGUUUUAAUUGAAUUUGAUAUUUUUAGAGUAAAGAAAAACAACACUCUGACUUACCCGAAAAUUGCCUUAUAUUACAGUAAACACAUUCAGAAGUAUUUUCAUCGAGAAAUAUCACUACUGAUCUGCAUUUCUAUUUGCAAAUAACCUUUAACGUAUUUUAGAGGCACUUCUCAUCAAACCAUGAGUUCAAUUAUUUUUGUUAUUAUUUUACAAAAAAGUAACUGAAGUUCAUCGAAAAAUUACUCUAACAAGAUUUGAUAUAUUUUUAGUUUUUGACCACAUUGCUAACAAUUUUCUUAUAUUGCCACCAUUUUAUUUUUAUUUAUAGCUGGGGCAUUAAUGGUGAUUAUUAAAAUUUGCUUGGUUAUUAUGUCAGACGAAUUCAACGCGAAUUACUAUUAUGUAGUUGAGUUUAGCCUUGUCAAUUUUAUUUUUUAUUGAUUUAAGAAAUUCAACAAUAAAGUUUGAAUAUGAAGAAGAAAAAAAGAGGCUGUAGUGGUAGAUUCUAAGUUCAAAGAAAAAUUUAUUUAAGAAAUGUUGCAGCACUAUUCUUACUUCGUUAAAUUAAUAAUUUGAAUCCUUUAGCCUUGUUACAUUACUUGAUUACUUAAUAUAAAUUUUUUUGUAGAUAAAAGCAAUUUUUUUAUUAAAAAGUGAAAUUGAUUAAUUUUUUAUAAAAAUUUAAUUUAAUGAAAUAAAAAUUUUAUGAUGAAUUUAUUUUAAUUUGAUGAAAUAAAAAUUUAAUAUACAUUUUUUUUGUAGAUAAAAAUAAUUUUUUAAUAAAAAUUAAUUAAUUUUUAUACUUUACUUACUUUAAUUUAUUCUAAAAAUGCCUAAGCUUAAUUUUAAUGCAUUGUCUCAUUCCUGUAGAUCUUUUGCAUAAAAAUCUUUUAAUAGCCCACUAUAGUGUUCAUAUAUAAAUAAAUAUAUAUAUUCAUAUUUUACUUCAGUAAUUUAAAAAUUGAAGACAUGUUCUUAUGAUUAUUAGUUCUUAUAUAAAAGAGAAUGUUAUUUUUAGAUUUAUAUAUUUUACUUUUUUAGAUUUUUAUGUUUUUCUUUUUAAAAAAAUAAUUUUAUUACCUUUAGUUAUGAGAGCCUUAUUUAAACUGCUUGCUUAUUUAUGAUUAAAACUUGCAUAAACAAAUUUUUAAUUAGUUUGAAUUAAAAAUUUUUAAGAAGUGCUAACAACUUGUUUGAAUUCAACUAAUUCUUUUUUUAAGAAAGAACCAUACACUUUGAUAAUUACUACUCUGUUUAGAAAUAUAAAUUUUAUAUAUUUCUAUUUGCUUUGUUUUAGUUCUUAUAAUGUUAUAAGGGAAAAUUACAAGGAUUUGUUUGAAUAUUGUAUUGUAAUCAUCAUAAAAUGUAAAAGUUAGAUUGUUCCCACUUUGUAUUCUGCAUUCUUGAUCCUUUAGUGUUGAGAAGUUUGUUUGUUAACUCAUCAUAUGCUAAAAAAUAAUAAUGUAAAGAAAAAAAAACAGUAUUUAUUGCACAAUGUAAAUUCUAAGAUGUUCAUAUGUAGAGCGAAAAUGUUGAUGUCUGUAAGAUUCAUUACUAAAAUUACCUGGAAACAAUGUAAAAUGUAUCCCAAAUUUAUCAAAACCUUUACUGAAUUUAGAAUGAUUAAAUUUAAACUUAAUUAGGCACUUAUUUAAACCAUGUUUGUUUCUAACUAUUAUAUUUUAAAACAUAAUUCAAGUUAUUUUAUAAAAAAUAAUGGCAACUAUUCUAUUUCAAAAUACUAGUAUAACUUUGUACAAGCCAAGCAAAAGUCCUUAACAUCGAUAAGAAAUAGCUGUAUAAAAAAGUAAUAUGGGGUGCAAUGUAAUUAAUAUGUUGAAUAUAGAAGGCAAUUUAAAUAAACAUCUGAUUAAUUCCACACAUUGUACAAUUUGUCAUAAAUAUAAAAGCUCAGAAAGCAAAACGGAAUCUGCGUUAUUAGAGAAAAAUAGCUGUGUUACUCUAGAGUAACUGUAGAGAAGAAGAAGCUUUAUAAAGAAAAAACUAUCGAAAUCGUUUGUUUCAAAUGCUAUCAGGCUUUCAUUAUGAUAUGUAGUUAUUUUGAAUAGUAAAAUUGUUCAUUAAGAGUUAUUAAUAUUAGGUGAUAGUUUCAAACAAAAUAGAGUAGAUUAGAAAGACAUUUCCAAAGAUAGAAUAAAUUAUUUUCAUUCUUCCAUAGAGUAAGAAAAGCACUGCAGCUGUUAAAAAAAUUUUUGAUUUUGGAAAAGAGUAAAAUAAUCAAUUCUUUACGUUUUUCCCUGCAUCGAAUUAAACUGUACUUGUAUUUCAUUGUAAAAAAAUUGCGAUUUAAAAGUGUUAUCAAUUAAAUAUGUAUUUUUUAAUGUUUAAAUCUUUCAAAUUUUAUAUGAAAUUGAUUGUCUUGUUAAAAUUAUUUCUGCAAAUAGUUAUGGAACUGUAUAGUUUUUCCCUAACAUUUUACAUAAAUCUCAUGCAAAUAAAAUAUAAAACACUA